AUGGCACCGGGUCCGUCCGUUGGAGUUGCUGCCAUCACUGGCAUCUCGCUCGCUGUGGCAUUGGGUGGCUUCGGGCAGCACUGGAGGCAGCACUCGCAGACCAAGGCACGCACAGUGGCGACAGAUUACUAUGACAAUUUCUUGAGCCACGCUUGGGCGAGCUCCGGAUGGCUGAAAUAUCUUUCCCUGCUCAUCCUCUUCAACGCACGGGCCGCAAUGAUGUCUACGAUCCUGAUUUCUGUGUUGGUUGGUGUGCUUCGCAUGAUGGCCAUCCUGCCGAACACAGUGUGGACACAGCUUCCAUGCUUUGUAUUCUACUUCGUGAUGCUCGAGGAAAAAGCUGCAUGUAUUCGCGGCCUUGCUGGUUACCUGGAUCGAGCACACACCUUGACCGUCUUAUGGUCGAAUGACUACUUUGGCCGACUGUGGUGCGUGUUUGAGCUGGCCACUUUUCUCCGCAAUCGGUGCAACCGGCCGAUCCAGCUUCUGCCAGUGGAGAUGUCCAUGCUCGCCUUUUUGAUAGGACUCUGCUACAGCAUGGUAAAUCUGGCCUACCGGACCAUCGAUGAGGCACGCAACUUCACUGUCCCUGGUAGCCUGGAAGCAACCCCGUGGCUGGGCACCCUGAAAGCCUGUGGUUGGCUGGCAGUGAUUGGUGGUCCAGUGGUUCCGUUCUUCAUAUAUCUUGGCCUAGACUUCAUGAUGAAGCUUCGCCUCCUGCCCACGCAGCUGCAUACUUUCGACGCUCGAAAGGCUAGCUGCUACUGCUGCACAGUGGAUCAUACAGACCCUCGGAGCAAUGCUCCCAUCUUCUGCGACCGACAGCUGAUCUUGGAAAAGCUGACGGAGUGGUAUGGCGACCCCGAAGAUUGCGAAGACACGGAUACGGGGAUCGAUGGAGCGAUCGAGCAGUUCAACCACCUGGUGCGCAAGGAGCUCGCCGACGUUUGUCUUGCGAUGAUGUCGGGUCGCGAUGUUCUGUGGCAAUACAUAUACCUCUUGAUCGGCAUGAACUGCCAUGUCUGUGCCUAUCUCCUGGGCGACAUAGGCUUCCCCCCGGACUCGAUGGAAGGCUGGGCCCUGCAUUCCUGGAGAGCCAGAGAGUGCACCAGCUUUUGCCACAUCUUCCUGCAAAUAUUCGCAGCGGUGCAGUUGUUCUCGACAGUGUGGACUUUUGGGGCGAUAUAUCUCAAAGAUCAUCAUCGGUUCAUGGCUGCGUUGAUGUUGACCCCCAUCCUGAUCGUCUUGGUGGUGGGGCUAUUCUACUAUCCGUUCCGACUCAGUUUGCAACUCUCCGUUGACGGAAGCUUUCUGCUGCCGCUGACAGCUGUCGCCUUUGAGGCUGUUGUGCUUGUGGCAUUGAACUACACAAGCCGAUUGGCCACGGCAUCCUUCACCCGAACGGCACUGGAGAGUGCGAAGCAGCUUCACAACUGGCAGACCAAGUCGCUCAGCCUCGGGUCAUCCGAGUCGGGACAGGGCCGACAGGAUGUGCCGACGGGCAUGGUGAGCCAGGACAGUUUCUUCAGCAUAUAA